GAAGAGCAUGUGAGAGGACAGAGGAAGCCAGUGUCUUAAAGACAGAGGAAACACGGGAGGGAAAUGAACAGGAGCUGAACUCAACAGGAUUUACCACAGUGACAAUCCUGGAUACUUUUUAAUGUGUGAACUGGCUGCUGGAGCGAAAAGGUCUGUCUGUUAAUCCACCCGUCUCCUACACAGGACAGAUGAGGAGCAUCUGGAGAAUCUAGGACGUUUACCUUCUAACCUUCGUUCAGCCGGUUCAUAGUAAAAUGGACGGGUCAACCGCUGCCACCGUCCGUGGCUUUAAAUGUCCUCUGCCAUGGCGAAGCACGAGGCUGGGAGCACCAGCCCUGUGGUGCGUCAGAUAGACAAGCAGUUUCUGGUCUGCAGCAUCUGUCUGGAUCACUACUGCAACCCCAAGGUCCUGCCCUGUCUGCACACCUUCUGCGAAAGUUGUCUCCAGAACUACAUUCCCCCGGAGUCUCUGACGCUCUCGUGCCCGGUGUGUCGGCAGACGUCCAUCCUGCCGGAGAAAGGAGUCUGUGCUCUGCAGAACAACUUCUUCAUCACUAAUCUCAUGGAGGUCCUUCAACGAGAUCCGGAGUGCUCGCGGCCGGAGGCCUGCAGCGUCCUGGAGUCAGUCAGCGCUGCAGCCGCAGGGAAGCCGCUCUGCUGCCCGAACCACGAGGGAAAGGUGAUGGAGUUCUACUGUGAAUCGUGUGAGACAGCCAUGUGUCUGGACUGCACGGAGGGCGAGCACCGGGAGCACGUGACUGUGCCUCUGCGGGACGUCGUCGAGCAGCACAAGGCCGUGCUGAAGACACAGCUGGAUGCCAUACGCAGCAGGCUCCCUCAGCUGACGGCAGCCAUCGAGCUGGUGAGCGAGAUCUCCCGCCAGCUGAACGAGAGGAAGACCGAGGCGGUCGUGGAGAUUACCAGUACGUUUGAAGAGCUGGAGCGGGCGCUGCAUCAGCGCAAGACGGCCCUCAUCACCGACCUGGAGAACAUCUGCAGCACCAAACAGAAGGUCCUGCAGGCCCAGCUCUCGUCUCUCCUCCAGGGGAAGGAACACAUCCAGAGCAGCUGCAGCUUUACGGAGCAGGCGCUCAGCCACGGGAGCGCUACCGAGGUGCUGCUCGUCCAGAAGCAGAUGAGUGAGCGGGUGACAGCGCUGGCCAGACAUGACUUCCCGGUUAGACCGCAUCAGAAUGCACACCUGGACUGCCAGGUGGAGACUGAAGGUCUGCGACGCUCCAUCCAGAACCUGGGUGUUCUCCUCACCACAGCGGCUGUGGCCCACACCUCCGUCGCCACAGGAGAGGGCCUCCGCCAUGCAGCGACCGGACAGCACCACACCAUCACCGUGACGACAAAGGACAAAGAUGGGGAGCUGGUGCGGACGGGAAAUGCUAUUUUAAAAGCAGAGAUAACGUCUGCGGACGGGAGUCGCGCUGCAGAGACAGAGAUAGCGGACAACAAGAACGGCACGUACGAGGUGGGCUACACGGUGCGCUCCGAGGGAGAGUACUCGUUCGCUCUGCUGCUGUACGGCCAGCCCAUACGCGGCAGCCCCUUCCGGCUGCGGGCGGUCAAGCCCUCGGACGUGCCGCAGUCUCCGGACGACGUGAAGAGGAGGGUGAAGUCUCCCAGCGGGACGGGGGGCCACAUACGGCAGAAAGCAGUGCGACGGCCUUCCAGCAUGUACAGCGCCACCAAGAAGAAGGAGAACCCCAUCGAGGAUGAGCUCAUCUACAGAGUGGGCACUCGCGGCAGAGAAAAAGGGGAGUUCACAAACCUGCAGGGGAUCUCAGCCUCUAGUAACGGCAGAGUGGUGGUGGCCGACAGCAACAACCAGUGCAUACAGGUGUUCUCCAACGACGGCCAGUUCAAGAUGCGCUUUGGGGUCAGAGGUCGUUCUCCGGGGCAGCUGCAGAGGCCGACGGGCGUCACUGUGGAUAUGAACGGCGACAUCGUGGUGGCCGACUAUGACAAUCGGUGGGUCAGCAUCUUCUCCUCCGACGGGAAGUUUAAGAAUAAGAUCGGUGCGGGCCGGCUCAUGGGUCCCAAGGGCGUGGCUGUGGAUAAAAAUGGACACAUUAUCACUGUGGACAACAAGGCCUGCUGCGUCUUCAUCUUUCAGUCCAACGGGAAGCUGGUGACCAAGUUUGGAGGCAGGGGGACGUCUGAUAGGCAGUUUGCAGAAAAACUUGGCCCAAACUUUAAUAAAUCUGGCUCAGUGUUCAGUCCGCACUUUGUCGCAGUGAACAACAAGAAUGAAAUUAUCGUGACCGAUUUUCACAACCACUCUGUGAAGGUGUACAGUGCAGACGGAGAGUUCCUGUUCAAAUUCGGCUCUCACGGGGAAGGCAACGGCCAGUUCAAUGCUCCCACUGGUGUGGCUGUGGACGCCAAUGGAAACAUCAUUGUAGCUGACUGGGGCAACAGCAGAAUACAGGUGUUUGACAGCACAGGCUCCUUCUUAUCCUACAUCAACACAUCAGCAGACCCACUGUACGGCCCCCAGGGCCUCGCCCUCACCUCAGAUGGACAUGUGGCUGUUGCCGACUCCGGCAACCACUGCUUUAAGGUUUACAGAUACCUGCAGUAGGCUGGGGGAAGACACCGCCAACACAACUCCUGCUUAGACAACUUAACAUCACAUGUUGCUUCUGGAUAUAGAGCUGCUGUGUGCCAGCACACUUUACAGCAGCGCCAGGUUCCACAAAUCAAUUUAGUCUGUAUAUACUUUUGAAAAUAUAAUAUUCAGAGCUUGAGACCAAUACAUUUGAGAAACAUAAACAAACUCCAACUCCAACGUUUUGAUUAUAAAUAUUUUUUUUUUUUAUAUAGAUUAAAGAAGCUAGGUAUCCCAAAAAUUACUGCUGGAGGUCGCAUUAAUUCUAGAAGACCAUCCUGGUGAUAUAAAGAUUCAAAAUAAAUGAAACUUAAGAAACUAAGGAGUAAAAAACAUGAUAUUAAGAUUAGAUUUUUCCUUAUUGGGUCACUUGUGUUCUGUCCACCUCAAACCCUCAAUCACCUACCCAAUAAUUUUUUAACCAGAUGUUUCAGCUCUAUUUCUUAAAAGUGGGGCCUCAACAGUAGAUAUUCUGCCAGUCUUAACCAGCAAACAAAGCGAGACACAGGAUGAUGAUGAUGAUGCUCUGUGAUUGAACAAUGCUCAGGCCUUUCCUUGAACACUGUCGCAUGUCCGUGUGUGCUCCAAACAAAAAGGAAAAAAGACCCCACUCUCACUGCCUUCAAUUUCUCAUCAGUAAACACAAUGCAGACAGGAAUGUGUUGUUAUGCUCAUUCUGCACCUUAUCAGUCUGAGAGGAUUUUUUUUUUUCACCUGAGUGAUUUACAAGGGUUUUUUUUUGUGUGUGUGUUGGUACCCAAAGACAAGUGUCAAGAAGCACAACAGUUAGUGGACAGUUUUUUUUUUUUUAAACCAGCUCUUAACAUUAAGUUUGGUCCCUUCAAGCUCGUCUUUCUGUUCUUUCUCUCCAACCAAAACAAACUUCUCACAUCUGACCCCACUGGUUCUUGCACUUUCGUGUAUUCACAUCUGCCACCGUAUGUACUUGUACAUAUGCAUAUUUAGGUGUACAGAUGGAUUGGAUUCGGUGUCCAUGUUAUUCCACUAUAUAGCCUACGUAUUCCAGCGCUAAACCAAUCAAGGAUUUCAACACUGGAACAUGUUAGUAUAGCGGAGGGUCAUGCCAAGUAGUAGCCGGCUGAACGACAUCAGUGGAGCGAAGUUGUGUACACAUCGUUUGCUGUGUUGUAUUUUUUCAAAAGGACUUAAUUUAUUUUUUAUUUUCAUUUUCUACAUAAUUUGUUCUACAAAUUAUUUUUCUAAUUGGUGCAUUUGAACUGUCUCCUCUUUGCCAAACAUCGUUGUACAUAAGGCCUUGUAACUCGUAGCACUGACAGCCCGCUCUCUCUCUCUCUCUCUCUCUCUCUCUCUCUCUCUCUCUCUCGUUCGCCUCCUCCCACAAGCUCACACCAGUAACUUCUCCUUCUGCCAAAACGUAUUGUUGUAAGUUGAUGUUGACCAUUGCACAAAAUACAAAUAUUAUAAGAGUUAUAUAGUUUGCAAGAGUAAUAUAUGCCUCUGUGUAUAGUUAUCAUUGAACAUAAUCCAAAAAAAAAAAAAAAGUGUACUGUAUAUUACAAUCAUAUUCUUGUUGUAGCUGAGAAGCACCUUUAUCAUGGAGUUUUGUAUCCACACGCUGGUUGAGUUGGUGUUUUGAAAGUUUCUCCGCGCAGACGAGCACCGGCGAACGUGCAAUGGCGGCAAGUUUUCCCGCCUGUGUUCUACGAAUAAACUGAUUGAUCUGUGAUUCAUUCUGUUUCCAUCGGCAUUUCCCAUUUCAUUGGACAGCUCUCUCUAAUAAUGACAGAUUUGACUUUCUCGCUCCAUUUAAUUUGACCUCUGCGUCACUGUUUUUGUUCCUCUACGUCUGUCUCUCACCUGUAACUGACCCACUCACAUCCGUGUGAAAUAAAGGAAGCGCGUAUAAAUGAAACACCGCAUCAACCAUCUUGUGAAGCCUACUGUGUACAACCAGAGGCCGGUCGUACGAGACGUAAUCAUUUAUGUAAUCAUGGCAAAGGUAUGAUUGUAAAUAUUAAAGAAUGACACUAUGGA